AUGCAGCAGGCAGCCAAUCUCUCGGAUGCGUCAGCCCAGCCAGUCAGCUGCAUGGACGAGCCCAAAAAGUCGUUGAGGAGCAAGAGCAAAGUGAAGCCCGACAAAAACCAAAGAGCAGCGUUGCAGAGCCUAGCCGGCGGAGAUGUGUUGCAGUUGCUUCUGCAGCAGGUCUUUGAGCGUGCUUCUUUGGAUGGGGUGAUUGUCGAGUCUUUCUACCUGCAGCAGCAGAUCCACUGGGAGAUCGAGAAAUGCUCCUGUCCAUGUCUUUCAUCACCCAGGACAAUGAGGACCAUGAGAAAUCUGCACAAGCUCCUUUCUCGUAUGAGCUUGACGCAAAUGAUUCAGUUUAUCCGGCAUAGCCCUGUUUGUGACCACAGCUUCCUCGACGAUGCGUACACACAGAUGGCCUCCUUCCGGCGAGGCGAUACCAGUGAACUCGGUGGUGGGAGGCUUGUCAAGUCCGUUUGGCUGUAG